AUGGCAGCUCGAUGUCGACGGCGACGAGCAGUUUUUGACGACGCGAUUGCUCCUGCUACUGCUCUGGGACGACAGGAUGUCGCGCAGGGCAGCGCUACCCGAGGUCCAGAUGGUGGACGUCGGUCGGGCGCUGCCGCAAUCUCCCAAGAAGGAACAGGAAGUAGCGGGUCACAAGAAGCAGCAGCGCACAGUGCUAUAUGCUUAAAAGUGGUUACUGUUGGUGGGGAUGGUGAAUUGUGGUUUUUUAAUGGGCUAAGGAUGUUCCGAAGAACGAAAUUAUUGUUUGAUUUAUAUGGAUUUGAUGGAGUCGAGGGAGAUGAAGCAAGUGAGCCAGGUAUAACUGUUUUUAUUGCCUCCACAGGCUGUAGCAGAGCAGGCCCGAUGAUCGAUGAAGUGGAUGAACAAGGUUUUGGAUACGAGCAGCCGCCCCGUACAUGCGAUCUGCUCGACAUGGAAUGGAGACGGGGCGGCGGACAAUUCGGAGUUCGAUGA